AUGAGUGUACCUGCAGGAACAGUACAGAAAUCAGACGGCAACAACAGUGAAAUGCAAUCAGCUGCAGUGGCUCCCUCCUUCAUCCCCAGCCAGUCGGGGAAGAUACCGGGCAGGAAGAGAGGGAGACCCCCGCUCCGCAAUGUCGCCAAGAUGGAUUUUCCCAACCGGUAUCCUGAAUCCCUCCCGCCGCUCAAAGUGCCAAAGAAGAGGGGGAGAAAGCCGGGCUUCAAGCUCAAACCCAGGAUGGUGAUGACGCCGUUGGCUAUUUCUCCACCCAGCAGCACCCCUGAGCCCGACAUGAGCUCCAUUCCUCAGGAUGCCGCCACCAUCCCCCACUCUGCCACGCCCCAGGUGCUCACAGUCUGUAUCUACAUCAACAAGCAGGCCAACACAGGCCCCAACCUGGACAGGAAGAAGAUCCAGCAGCUCCCUGAUCACUUUGGACCCGACAGGCCCUCCGUGGUGCUGCAGCAGGCCGUCCAAGGCUGCAUCGACAGCGCCUUCCAGCAGAAAACAGUGUUCACUCUAGUGUUCACUCUCCUCACACAGGGCUACGGAGGAGAAAAAAUAUCAGCCACGUUUGAUGGGAAGCAGCACCUUCUGAGCCUCCCCGUGGUGAACAGCAUCGACUAUGUGCUUCGUUUUCUGAAGAAGCUCUGUCGCAGCUUGCACUGUGAAAACCUCUUCAGUGAUCAGCCCAUUACCCAGCACAGCGGUGGCUCCUACCAGUCGGAUGCUGAAACAUCAAUGGCAGAGGAUUUAGACCAGUCGGAUGGUAAACGCUACUCCGUGGACCCCGGGGAGUCUGCUUUCAGCUCUAUAAGCUCCUCUUACUCACCAAAGUCCUCCUACGGGUUUCGUUCAUCACAGCAGUUCUCCAACGGCUCGGCCUCCAUGAGCAUGUGCAGGCAGCCGUCCACCAGCCCGAACGCGUUCCCCGAGAACAACAGGACAGGUUAUAAUCCAUCUCCAGAGUCCCAGGAGUCCAAGGCGCCACCUAAUAAAGACCCAUCCACCUGGUCUGUUGAAGAUGUUGUCUGGUUCAUCAGGGAUGCGGACCCCCAGGCCCUCGGCCCUCAUUCAGACGUAUUUAGGAAACAUGAGAUCGACGGAAACGCAUUGUUACUCCUAAAGAGUGACAUGAUCAUGAAGUACCUCGGACUGAAGCUGGGGCCGGCCUUGAAGCUUUGCUACCACAUCGACAAACUAAAGCAGACUAAGUUCUGA